AUGAAGGAGGAUAUCUCCUGGGACCCUGGCCAGACCCCAGAGCGAUCCCGCCUCAUCGCGGCCCCGCCCGCCCGCGCUCCUCUGGGCUGGAGGAGCCUAAGCGCCCGGACUGUCCUAGCUCCUCCCAGUCAGCAGAGGGCUCCGGGCUGCCGGCUCUAUAACAGGAGGGCGGAGCUGGAGCUGGAGCUGCAACUGGAGCCGGAGCCCGAGCCCGAGCCGGAGUCAGAAUCAGAAUUGGAGCUGGAGCUGGAGCUGGAGCUGGAGCAGCAGCAAGAGUCGGUUCGGACCAGAUCAGCUAAGCGAACGCAGGAGUCAUGCAGCCCAGGGGGUUUCUGGGAGUUCCAUCCCACCCCGGGGACUGCAGGCGAAAGUGAAACGGAAUACUUGCGACCCGGGGGGAGGAAGGGGCUCCUGACCUUCCUAGGCCUGGAAGGGGCUUCCGUCUUUUUGCACGCCUGGAAGGGCGCCAUCCUAGAAGCGGAGACUAUGGCCCCCGGGACCCGGGAGAGGGACUCUGAAAGUGGAGGCGAGGCUUCCGUAACGUCUCGAGCUAAGAAGGAAGCCGUGCAGGCAGCAGCCAGAGAACUCCUCAAGUUCGUGAACCGAGGACCCUCCCCCUUUCACGUGGUGGCUGAGUGUCGAAGCCGACUCCUUCAGGCUGGCUUCCAGGAACUGAAAGAGACGGAGAAGUGGGACCUGAAACCCGAACGCAAGUACUUUGUCACUAGGAACUUUUCCACCAUCAUCGCUUUUGCUGUGGGGGGACAGUAUUCCCCGGGCAACGGAUUUAGCCUUAUUGGAGCCCACACGGACAGCCCUUCCCUUCGGGUGAAGCGCAGGUCCCGCCGGAACCAGGCGGGCUGCCAGCAGGUUGGUGUGGAGACGUACGGGGGCGGCAUUUGGAGCACCUGGUUUGACCGGGACCUCACCGUGGCUGGGCGAGUUCUUAUCAAGAGUCCUUCUUCAGACAGAAUCGAGCAGCGCCUGGUGCACGUGGAGAGGCCCAUACUCAGAAUCCCGCACCUGGCCAUCCAUCUUCAGCGCAACAUCAAUGAGAACUUCGGCCCCAACCCUGAGACCCACUUGUGA